GUAAACACGCCGCGCCUGCGGCGGUGGAAACUGGUUCUGUUUGGGCGCCUGGGGGAGGGGUGCACGCCCCUCGCCGUGGCUAGAGGUGGCGACCCCCUCCCCAUCCCCCCAAAGACAGAAGCGAGAGGCGGCGGGAGAGAGUGUGUGCAGCCACAGUCGGUGCUCCGGGGGGCUCACCUGGCGAGGAGGGCCCAGGCUGGACCCCUCAUGUCAGUGAGUCAUUCUGCAAAUGUGAGCUUUGAGAUGGGGGGAUUGGGUAAAGAUGCGAUUGGAGCCACACAGCUCUGCCACUACAACUGUCAUCUAGUUCUUCGAAUAUACCCUCCUGGCAGAGAGUCAGACUAUUUUAGGGACAGCUGCCCUGUGGCCCUUGAGCAAAGAACAGCCGCACACAGCCUCGCAUUUGAACUGGCAAGUGGAAGAGGAAGACUCCUGGCGGGGAGGCUCUGUGCUGUGCUGUGGUGCCAGGAGGUGUUGUCCAGGAUUUAGAGCAGAUGGGCUGAGCUCUCUGAGGCUGGAAGAGUUGGAGGCUUCGAGCUGACUGCUUGAAUGGAGAAUGAAAUUCUGAUUAGGAAUGGUGCCAGUGUGGAGGGAAGGAAAGAACAGAUUCUAUGCUUGAGCCGAGAGAUUUGGCAUUGCCUGCUGAGAUAGAAAAUUUGGAAUGCAUUUCAGAAAUAUCUGUCAUCCCCACUUCGGAUAUUUUCAUGUUCUCCAGCAUUUUCCAGCCCAUCAUCUCAUUGACGUUGCCCAGACACACGUGGGUGGGGCUGGACAGAGGGUGAGGCCCUUCUCUUCCCCAGAUCAGCCAGGCACAGCCAUCCGGAGUCACACCGUCUGUCCAUCCCUUGUCUCUUGCUCCUUCUGCACCUCUCCAACUCAGUCUUCCUUCCAGGGAACCCCUUUCAGUGUCUAUAUACCAGGUCAAAACUAGACAAGGAGAGCUUCCCUGGUGGCGCAGAGGUUAAGAAUCCGCCUGCCAAUGCAGGGGACACGGGUUCGAUCCCUGGUCUGGGAAGAUCCCACAUGCCGCGGAGCAGCUAAGCCCGUGCGCCACAACUACUGAGCCUGCACUCUAGAGCCCCCAAGCCACAACUACCGAGCCCGCGUGCCACAACUACGGAAGCCCGCGCGUCUAGAGCCUGUGCUCCUCAACAAGAGAAGCCACUGUGCACCACAACGAAGAGUAGCCCCCGCUCGCCACAACUAGAGAAAGCCCACCCGCAGCAACGAGGACCCAAUGCAGCCAAAAAAAAAAAAAAAUAGACAAGGAAGCCUGAGGACAUCACACACGGGAAUCCAGGAAGCCUUUGGCCUGUGGUCAGCUGUGACCCCCCAGUCUGGUUUCCUGGGACUCAGCCCUCCUCCUCCUGCAUCCUCCCCAGGCCUGGGGACAAGGUGUGUGAGGAGCAGCGCUGUGAGGAGGAAGUCUUCCCCCUGGCCAUGAACUACCUGGAUCGCUACCUGUCCUGCGUCCCCACCCGCAAGGCGCAGUUGCAGCUCCUGGGUGCGGUCUGCAUGCUGCUGGCCUCCAAGCUGCGCGAGACUACGCCCCUGACCAUCGAAAAACUGUGCAUCUACACCGACCACUCUGUCUCUCCCCGCCAGCUGCGGGAGAAACAGCUCCUUCCUAAUUCUCCGUUCGCUAGCCUCACUCUGGGAAACUUGAGCAGCUGCUUCAGGCCUGUGGAAUCAUCUCUUCUUUUCCUCUUUAGCCAAAGGCCAGAGCUGAGGCACAGACUGGGGCUGAGCUGCAGCUGCUUCCGAUGUGAUAAUGAUGCCCUGUCCCCCGGCCCACCCACUCUGACCAAGGACUGGGAGGUGCUGGUCCUGGGGAAGCUCAAGUGGGACCUGGCCGCCGUGAUUGCCCAUGAUUUCCUGGCCCUGAUUCUGCACCGGCUCUCUCUGCCCCGUGACCGACAGGCCUUGGUCAAGAAGCACGCCCAGACUUUUUUGGCCCUCUGUGCUACAGAUUACACCUUUGCCAUGUACCCGCCAUCCAUGAUUGCCACGGGAAGCAUUGGAGCUGCAGUGCAAGGCCUGGGUGCCUGCUCCACAUCUGGGGAUGAGCUCACAGAGCUGCUGGCAGGGAUCACAGGCACUGAAGUGGACUGCCUGCGGGCCUGUCAGGAGCAGAUUGAAGCUGCCCUCAGGGAGAGCCUCAGGGAAGCCGCCCAGACCUCCCCCAGCCCAGCGCCCAAAGCCCCCAGGGGCUCCAGCAGCCAGGGGCCCAGCCAGACCAGCACUCCCACAGAUGUCACAGCCAUCCACCUGUAGCCCUGGCGAGGCCCCCUCGAGUGGCCACCAACAGCAGAGGAGGGCACGCUGCCACCCCCCUCCCUGCCUGCAGGAACGAACCAUGCCACAGCUGAAGCCCGAGGGGGCUCCUUCCUACUUGCCUGUCGCAAGCCGAAGGGGUCGGGUCCUACCUAUCCCUGCAGUGUGCACUAAGGGGCCUGGCCAGCUGCGGCUGGUGGCCAGUCAGGCUCCUCCUUCUCCCUGCAUCUGACCAGCUCAGCUCCAUCCCGGUCCUAGCUGGGGGUGGGCCAGGCUGGCCAGAGAUGAAAUUGAAGUCUGUAAAAUACAUGUACCAGCAUUCCUUUCGGGGGCCCCCUUAUCUCUGGGGCUCUUGUGUUCUCAACUGCCAAAGUUGAACCCGGGCCCUCGGCAGUGAGAGCACGGAGUCCUAACCACUGGACUGCCAGGGAAUUCCCUAGUUACUGCAUUUGGAUUGGGGUCUUUCUGAAGAACCCUCACAUGUUCUAGACACAUGUGAGAAGAAAGAGUGGACAUCUCCUCUCAAUGCACUUGGAGGCCCCUGCAUAAUCCAUGCUCUCAGCUGCUCCUAGAGGGAGGGGCCCUGGCCUCUGUCCGAGGGGCAGGAACCAACCUCCUCGCUUUGCUUUCCGCUCAGCUUCUCCUGUGUGAUUGGGGGGUGGAGGGGCAGUGCUGAAGGAAGAGGUUGUUUUAAUUUAUUAAUUGCUUUGAGUACAGCUGUAAGAGGGUGUGGUGGGGCCCAUCUACCCUGAGUGGUGGUGACCCUGGUGGUUGCUGCAUUCCUCCCCUCUCCUACCGCUAGAGGAUCUUCAUGGCCGUGGCCGAGGAGCUGCUACAGCCUGGGGUGGGGCCACGCCCUCCUCUCCCUCUGGCCCUGUGCUCCAUCCUGCAAGGCUGGGGGAUGAAGCAGGGAUGACCUGGAGGUGACCAAGGCCCCUGUCUGGAGAGGGAGGCAAGCCCUGUUGACACAGGUCUUUCCCGAGGCCACAAGGUCCAGGCUGGUGGCCCAGGACCAUCAUGCUACCUUAAUAAAGAUUCUGAAAUAAAA